UCUAAUCGGUCGUCUUUGCCUCCGGCCAUUUUAGUUGUGUAGCUUUACUCUGCCCUGCUUGGUAUUAGGUGUGAGCGUGAACUUCCUUUCCUUUGGGGCCUGGGCAAUCGUAGACGUAAACCAUGGCAGAUCAGACUGAACGCUCCUUUCAAAGGCAACCGACAAUUUUCUUGAAUAGAAAGAAAGGUUUGGGAGCCAAGAAAAGGAAGUCGUUGCGGUAUACACGUAAUGUGGGGUUGGGUUUUAAAACCCCAAGAGAGGCCAUUGAAGGUACAUACAUCGACAAGAAAUGUCCUUUCACCGGAAAUGUGUCUAUAAGAGGGCGUAUCUUGACUGGACUGGUCCAGAAGAUGAAGAUGCAACGGACAAUUGUGAUCCGUAGAGACUACCUUCACUACAUCAGGAAGUACAACCGUUUUGAGAAACGUCACAGGAACAUGUCUGUUCACCUUUCACCAUGUUUCAGAGAUGUCAAUAUCGGAGAUGUUGUCACGGUCGGUGAGUGUCGUCCUCUCAGCAAAACUGUCAGAUUCAACGUUCUCAAGGUCACCAAGGGAACAAGAUCCAAAAAGAGUUUUAAGAAGUUUUAAUUACUGACAUUAAAGUAAUGUUUAUUUAAAA